AAUCCAGGUUAAUGACUUCACCAUAUGGUGGCUGACAUGUCAAAGCGGUUUUAUGAUUCGUGACGAUGACCUCCGUGUCCUGUUUAAAAGCAAGGACAUCUGCGAUUCUGGUCAGUCAGUCAGUCAGUAGAUACUACCUGACUGGUGCUACAUUACUCUUCCAAGGUCUUCGUGGACUUUCCUAUAAUAGAAAACCAGGUGGACUACCCAAAAUGGACAGAUUUUAAAGCAAGAAACGUACCAGUGAGGAGCUUAAUUCUAAUAAUGAAACCGUUUCGAGUGAAUUGAAGUGUCCAGCUAAGAAAAUAAAGAUUAGACCUAAUCGGAAAUACGACAUAAGUUAUUGGCUUCACGUGGACUGGAGAUGAAAAUCAGCCUCUCCCAUUGUGUUUGGUUUGUGGUUGUAAAAUGUCAAAUGAGUCGAUGCUUCCUAGUAAAUUAAGUAAACAUUUUCAAACCUUGCAUUGCAGUCUUCAAGGAAAAGACGUAAAUUAUUUCAAAAGACUACUUGACCAACAAAUAAAGCAAGCAUUUGCUUUCAAAAGCAGAGUAACAUUGUCUGAAUAAGCUCAAAUUGCAUCUUAUGAAGUAUCGGAAAUGAUUGCCAUAAAGAUGAAGUCACAUACUCUUGCUAUUAUGUUGCCCCCUUGCAGAAAGAUGAAGACUAAAACCAAAGGUGCGCCCCAAAGUUCCUGUCAAUUCAUAGAUGCGCCCUGAGGUAAAAAGGUUGAGAAACACUGGGCCUUAAACAGACCGAAUUAUUCCUUCGCAUUUCUCAUUAAAAUAUUGCUUUAUUUCUUGACCAGUUUCAAUGGUUAGAGUCAUAUCAAUUUGUAUAAAAUGUUAAAAUGUAGACCCACGUUGAAAAGUAAGUCUGGGAAUGAGAGGCGGAUGCGUAAGUGAUCGGGGUAUGUUGGUAUGCCUGGGUGCCGCCGCCAACUGUUAACUCCCCCCGCCACAGCUCCCCCAACAAAACGAAGUUGUGAAUAUGAUGGUAUUACUUCUGCCAAGUCCAUUUAAACUGAUAUACUAUUCUGAAGUUUGGAUGCCACGUCAAAGUUAUAAAUGGGAAUCUGAUGAUAUAGAGAUGUCGUUUGUGGUCGUGGAGUUUCUGCAUGAGGAAGCUGUAGAAGUAGUCCACAAGUCAUGGAUAGUGAAGAAAGAAAAUGGUGUGUAUUGUUACUGGCCUCCAAAGGCUGAUGCUUCAGCUAAAGUCAAGAAGGAAGAAAUGCCUGAUAAAGAAAGAUGGAAUCUACAUGAAAUUAGAUUAUUUUCAUUUGCUGAAACCUACACUAAGGCUUUGGAACGGGCUAAGAGAGCAGAGGAUACAUCAAAUGUAGAAACAGACCAGGAAUGUCUCAAACGCAGAACUACCAAAAAGCCAGAUAAAUUUGGCUUCUCAGACAAUGAAGAGGCUGAUGAUGAAGAUGGUGAUAGUCUCCAGCUAUGCCAUACACCAACUGUUGCUAUGUUGCCACAGCCUCCUCAGCCUACAAGUGACGCCAAAUACGGAGGAUUUGAUGCAUCUUCCAGAGACAGCUCUUCAUUGCCCGACCCCUACCAACAAAAAGUCCAUAGAAAUGGCAGUGUAGAGAACUACAAAUCAGAUUAUCUCUAG